UGGUUUUCAGAGUCUGUAGAUCCAACAGUCGUUGGACAAACACACACAUGCUAGUGUUUAACAGUUCAAAGUUCAUCUGACGGCCAUCGACCUCCACUCACACACUCAGACCAACGGUGAGAAGAAGAGGUAGAAGAAGAAGAGGAAGAAGAAGAAGAAGACAAAAAGGAGCAGGGACACUGUCACCAUGACGACAGAGUACCAUGAUGAUGUUGAAGACGACAGCAGCUCCUUCUGGAACAAAGAGCCGUCUCCUGUCUCUCUCUCUGGUGUCUCCAGGUUCAGGCGUUGGUUGUUUCCUGUUGUCAUGGUGACGAUCAUCCUGGUCCUGAUCAUCGCUGUCGGAGCCACGAACACAAAGACAAUAAGCCGACUGUGGUCCACUGAGAAGAAAGUGUCCAACCUGACUGAAGGUCUGACCAACGCUCAUCAGCUGACCAAAGACGCAGCUAAAGACGUUCAGCGGCUGAAGUUUGCGGUGGAAUACAACAAGGACCAGCUGUCGUCAGUUUCAGACGCACUGAAGCAGCUGUCUGUUCUGGACUCCAUCAGCAGGACGGUGGCCUCGCUGAAAUGUUCCCUGGAACGCCUCAUCCACAACACCUCGGCGGUGGACGGCUGCUGUCCUCUGGACUGGGACCAGUCCGGCUCCAGCUGUUAUUUCUUCAGUAAGACGGCGUUAGCCUGGCACGACGCCAGAGACUGGUGCAACGGACACGAGUCCCAUCUGGUCAUCCUGAUGACCGACGACGACUGGGACUUUGUGAUCCGUCACGCCACGGGGACGUUCUACUGGGUGGGUCUGACAGACGAGAGGACCGGGAAGUGGGAGUGGGUCAACCAGACGCCAUACAUCAUGAACCGAAGGUGGGUCCGCCUCCUGGUCUUCUUCUUCACUGUCGGGUCGCUGGUCCGAACGUCGGCGUCUGUUCGGGUUCCUGUCAUGGUCACAUGCGGUGGAAAACCCGGCCAACCCGACGCCUGGACCGAACACGGCCUCGGACCCGGAGACGAAGACUGCGCUCAUCUCCAUAGCGACGGUCGCCUCAACGACCUGCACUGCUCCACCAGGAUGAGGUUCAUCUGCCAGAGCCACGCCCUCCGCAGUUAAAACCGCAUCAAGCUCCGCCCCCUCGCAGCUUGGAUCUAAAAUAAACAUCAUCUUAAAUUGGAGUUAUUAUUGUUAUUAUUCACAAAUUAUGGCAUUUUAUGAAUAAACCUGAUGUUUUACAGCCUUUGAA